AAAAUAACCUCAGUUUCACGUUCAACUUUAACCUUUCUUUCGCAAGAUACCUUUCAGGUUUGAGGUGAAAAGAUAUCCCAUUCUAAAUGGAAGCCCAAGAAGAAGUUCUAAAAAGACUCAUAGGCUUGGGUCUGAGUGAAUCUAAAGCAAAAGAAACAAUAAAAAAUGCAAACGUUACCAAUAAUUUAUUGACAAUAUUGAAACAGACAAAUACUGAUGCAAUACCUCAGGCCAGUGGGAUUUUAUUGUACCAUCUUGGAACAAAGAUGAAGCCCCAGAUGGCCCAUCACCUACGUACCUUAGUUGAGCAUAUAAUGCUGAAUAACUUAGACUCCACUUUGAGAGUUGACAAAGCUAUAGAAUAUGCGUUAAGUCACAUUGAUAACUUUUCAAUCGAGGAAUUCAAAAGUUAUUGUGGCAUUGGAGUGGUCGUAACCCCUGAACAAAUUGAGAAUGCUGUCGAGAAGCUGAUAAAGGAAAAUCAGGCAGAAAUCCUUUCGAAGAGGUAUCGAUUCAACUCGGGUCUUUUGAUGCAGAAAGUGAGGAACAUUCUGCCGUGGGCUGAUGGAAAGGCAGUUAAAAACGAAAUUGAUGUACAGUUUGUGACCCUUCUGGGACCCAAGACAGAAGCUGAUUUGGCACCACCGAAGCAAGAGAAGAAGGAGAAAAAAGUUAAAGUUGACAAGCCGAAAGAAGAGAAAAACACUAGUGCAGCUGAGAAGAAUGUGGAUGGUAGGGAUGAAAUCAAGAACACUUUGUCGAUAUUGGAUGUGAUGAAGAAAAUUAAUUUUCAUAAACCAGGGGAAAAUUUCAAAACUGAUGGAUAUGUUCUUACAGAAAAUACCCAAAAGUUAUUAGAGGCUCAUCUGAAGGUAACAGGGGGUAAGGUGAAAACUAGAUUUCCUCCCGAACCAAACGGUAUUUUGCACAUUGGUCAUGCUAAAGCAAUCAAUAUCAAUUUUGGUUAUGCUAAAGCUAACGGUGGUACAUGCUACUUGAGAUAUGACGAUACUAAUCCUGAGAAAGAAGAAGAGAAGUUUUUUGUGGGCAUUAAAGACAUGGUUACGUGGUUGGGAUAUGAACCCGAUAAAAUAACACACUCAUCAGACUACUUCGAUCAACUUUAUGAGUGGGCCGUGGAACUUAUCAAAAAAGGGUUGGCCUAUGUUUGUCAUCAAAGUGCAGAUGAAAUGAAAGGAUUCAAUCCUGAACCAUCCCCUUGGAGAGACCGUCCAAUUGAAGAGAACCUCCAACUAUUUCAAGACAUGAAAAAUGGUAAAAUAGACGAAGGAGCAGCGACUCUAAGAAUGAAAAUAACGUUGGAGGAGGGUAAACUGGAUCCUGUGGCGUAUAGAGUAAGGUUCGUACCCCAUCAUAGAACCGGAGAUAAAUGGUGUAUCUAUCCUACAUAUGAUUUCACCCAUUGUCUCUGCGAUAGCAUUGAAAACAUCACGCACUCUCUAUGCACCAAGGAAUUUCAGUCAAGACGGUCAAGUUACUACUGGUUAUGUAACGCCUUGGAUAUUUAUUGCCCCGUACAGUGGGAAUACGGUAGACUCAACGUUAAUUAUACUGUUGUGUCCAAGAGGAAAAUCGCUAAGUUGAUCGAUUGCAGUAUCGUUAAGGAUUGGGAUGAUCCGAGGCUCUUCACGUUGACUGCCCUUCGCCGAAGGGGAUUUCCACCAGAAUCAAUCAAUAACUUCUGUGCUCAGCUCGGUGUCACCGGUGCUCAAAGUACGGUGGAUCCAUCGAUGUUGGAGGCGUACGUGAGAGAUUACUUGAAUUACACAGCUCCAAGACAGAUGGUAGUCCUCGAACCCCUAAAAAUCACCAUUGAAAAUUUCCCCCAUGACAAACCGCACCAGAUCGAUGUUCCUAAAUUCCCGAACAAUCCAGAAUUGGGCUCGAGAAAAGCCAUGCUGGACAGGGUGAUCUACAUCGAGAGGACCGAUUUUAUGGAAGAAGGAAUAAAAGGUUUUAGGAGGUUGACAAAGAGCCAGAGUGUUGGUUUGCGAUACGCUGGUCUGGUUUUAAUUGUUCGUAAAAUAGUGAAAAAUCACGAAGGAUUAGUAUCCGAGGUUAUCUGUAAAUGUGUAGAUGUCAAAGAGGCCCCAGAAAAACCCAAAGCGUUUAUCCACUGGGUGAGUAAUCCGAUGGUGAUCCAAGUAAAUCUCUUCUCUCCAUUAUUCAAUCAUAAGAAUCCCGAGGACCCCAGUGAGGUCCCUGGGGGUUACCUCAGCGACUGCAAUUUAGAUUCUCAAAGGAUCGUGAAGGGUUUAGCGGAUGUGUCCUUGAAAGGUGCCAAGGUGUACGAUAAGUUCCAAUUCGAAAGGAUUGGAUUCUUCUCUGUGGAUCCAGAUACGACAGAUGAUGUCUUGGUUUUGAACCAAACUGUCGGACUCAAGGAAGACGCUGGAAAGUGAUGCUUUCAUUGCCGGAGUAAUUUAUUGAAAAUAACUAUUAUAUUUUCAUAAGAAAAA